AUGGCGCGGGAUCGCGUCGCCGCGCCGCGCGUCCUUCGAGGAGCCGAGGGGGCGCGUACCUCGGCAGACUUGGUGAGGCGCGUGAGCCUGGAGCUGGAGGCUGCCCGCACGAAGUGCGCGAGGCUGCGGGCAGUGUUGGACCAGCGGGCUGCAUGGGGUGAAGGCGGCGUCGAAGCAAAGGCUGCCCGCCGCGAGGCUCUAGCCAGGUCCUCCCUGGUGGCGAGGCUCAGCGGCGCGCCCGAGAGCGGUGGGAAGCGCUUAGUGCGGAAUGUCUCGCUGCAUGCGAAGCGUUGCCCGCAGGCGUUCAGCGAGAAGCACGUCAUGUGGGGAGCUGGGGCUUUCGUGGAUGGCCUCGCGGCGGGGUGGCGCCUUGCCGAGGCGUGCCCGCCAUGCGACGUCGGGGUGCUGAUGUAUGAGCGGGGAGUGGCGGCCGCGAGGACCCCGCUGCGGUCUUGCGCCAAGCCGUACCUCAGUGAGAACGCAGCCGAGGCCUGCUUGCCCGAAGCGGGCGCUGGAGCUGCGGAGGCCCGCAGGGCCACGGCUGGCGCGGUGCCAGGACUGGCUCGGGACAUUCCUGUUCUGUACUUGCUGGAGGCGGAAGCCGAGGCCGCCACGGCCUGUGCAGCCGCGCCGACGGCUACCGCGAGCAGCGCCUUGGUCGUGGAGUACCUGGCGGCUCACCCCGCGGCGCUCUUCGGGGGCGGCGACGGGAUGGAGCACUUCGACGAGAUCGGGAAGCCCACGUGCGAGAAGCAUGAGUGGCAGGCAGCGCGGCAGGAGCCCGAGACCAUCGGGUUCGAGCUGAAUGACGGGGAGGAGCACUUCAGCACGCUGCGGGGCGCCAUGGGGGUGCCCAAGGACGACGAGGAGGACCCGAACAAGCUGGAGGCUCACGUGUCGGGUGACGGCGAGGGGGACGAGCGAGACGGCGGCGCGCUAGCGUCGUGCAAGGAGCCGCUGAGCAUCAUCGAGGAGCCCACGUGCGAGGAGCAUGGGGGGCAGGCAGAGCAGCAGGAGCCCGAGGCCAUCUGGUUCGAGCUGAACGACGGGGAGGAUUACUUCAGCGCGCUGCGGG